AAUGACAGUGCCGUAGUGUUAGUUUUGCGUUGCGUUUGUCAGCUGCAGUCAUUUUUUCAUCACCUUUAAACCUUUAGAGAAUCUUGAAUAAACUAAUACGUGUGUGUGAAAAUAACUAUUAAUUUUAUCAAUAAUCCGUCAAAGACAUACAAAUAACCUUCGAAUUGAUGAUUUUAUUAUCACAUGUUCAUCAGAAUAUCUCGGAAUAGUAUCAAUUAUCAAUUACUCUAAAGUAUACGGACCAUCACAAUUGAUAAUAACCACGUGAUUCUUAAACUUCCGUUUGUGUAAAAAAUGCGGGAAGUUUAAAUUGAUGAAUGUUUUUGUGACUGUGAAAUAAAUGAAAAUUUAUCAAUAAUAAUUUAUUAAUAAAUUUAAUUGUUUAUGGGUCGAUUUAAAUAAAUUAUUGAUAUGCAGUAGUUGACUUCUAACUUAUCAACAGAAAUAAAUUGUAAAUUGUUAUAAAAAAUAGCAACACUGGUGAAAAUAAGCGGGAAUUUUUUUUCGGUAUUACGUCCCUGAGAAAAGUACAGUUUGUUAUUUGACUCACGUAGUGUUUACACUGUCUUCCAUCUUAUUUCAUUGUAUUUAUUGUCUCACUUGCACUCAUUAGUGGUACGGGAACAUAAUAGGUGAUUCCGUUGCAUAGUGUAUAUAUCCGACAUUUGUAUUUGUGUGAUGGAGGUUUGCUACGGCUUCUGUGAAGUAAUAUACAAGUAUUGCUUGAUAAAUAAAAAAUAAUAUUGGAAUAAAAUUAAAUAAUAUUUAUAAUCAAUAGCCAAUUAUUGAAGAUAGUUGUCUGAAAAUGGUGAUUUUAGUGUUGAAUAUAGUGAUAUUUGAUUGUAUUCGACGGUAAUUACGUGGUGUUGACAAAAGUGAAAAUGACGCCGGUACAAUUGUUAAUACGCAGAGUAAGAUUAAAUCUGAAUUUUAUCGAGAAAAGUGUAAUAUUUAGUAUUAGUGAUAAAUAAAGUUGUGAUUUAUUGAGUGCAAAAUGUUAUGAAGAUGAUGGAUUGAUGUUUAUUUAUUAGGAUGAAGGCUAAUGGUACGAAUAAUGGCUGUAGCCGUUUGAAUACACCACUAGCAGCUACGACCACGCUGGAGGACCCAGGGACACCAGCGUCGUGGAAGGGCCCACCAGCAGGGUCAGAAGCGUCGCCAUUUACUCCUAAUUCAGUUGGUGGUGGACCUGGAUCCGGAGGAUACAAUACACCUGGUGGUGGGACCAAUUCAGGUGGUUUUCAAGGACCAAGUCCAUUCCCUGGUGGAGCUGGAAGUCCAGCAAGUGGACCCGGAUAUCAAGGCCCACCACCUGGUUCAGGUACACCGCAGUAUACUGCAUCGCCAGCACCAAGUGGUUCAUCCACACCUGGACCUGGUCCACCAUCUAAUCCAGGCGGAUUUCCACCACCGCCAAACAACUCUGGACCAUACAAUGGACCUGGUCCAAGUCCAUUCGGAUCACCAUCAGGUCCACCACAGUUUGUUGGUAGACCUGGAUCUUCCGGGCCACCGUUUGUUCCACCCGGAGGUAAUCCACAUUUUUCAUCGCCUGGUCAAUUCCCUGGACCUCAAUAUGGAAUGCCGCCUGGAAGCCCCUUUGGACCUGGCGGUCAUCCUAUGGGCGGUCCGAUGGGUCCUGGACAUCCGAUGAUGGGUCCCAGUGGACCAGUUGAUAGAAUGGAUCAAGGAUCGUUACCUGUCCCCAGGAGGCACACGCCGUACUUUGGACAACCGGAUAUCAGACUUUACGAGCUCAACAAGAGGUUACAGCAGCGGACUGAGGAAAGUGAUAAUAUUUGGUGGGAUUCAUUUGCAACGGAAUUUUUUGAAGAUGAUGCAACUUUAACACUAGCUUUUUGCCUUGAGGAUGGACCUAAAAGAUACACGAUAGGAAGGACGUUAAUACCUAGGUACUUUCGCUCGAUAUUCGAGGGCGGUGUCACAGAGCUUUAUUAUCAUAUGAAACAUCCGAAAGAAUCGUUCCACAAUACAAGUAUAACACUUGAUUGCGAGCACUGUGUUAUGGUGACGCAUCAUGGGAAACCUCCAUUUAUGAAGGUUUGCACAGAGGGUAGGUUAAUAUUAGAAUUCACAUUUGACGACUUAAUGAGGAUAAAAUCGUGGCAUAUGUCUGUAAGAACACAUCGUGAAUUAGUACCAAGAUCAGUUGUGGGUAUGCACACGGCACAGCAAGAUCCUACUAUGUUGGAACAAUUAAGUAAAAAUAUUACAAGACAAGGCAUUACUAACUCUACGUUAAAUUAUCUCAGGUUAUGUGUAAUUUUGGAACCAAUGCAAGAACUAAUGUCGAGGCAUAAAGCUUACGCAUUAUCACCACGUGAUUGUUUGAAGACAACGUUAUUCCAGAAAUGGCAGAGGAUGGUUGCGCCGCCGGGUAAGAGAGAAUCACAAAGACCUGCUAAUAAAAGAAGAAAGCGAAAAGGCAGUACGUCAGGACCAGGAAAUAAUGCUCCACCAGCUCCAAGUAAAAAGCGUUCACCUGGACCAAAUUUUUCGCUAGCGUCACAGGACGUAAUGGUAGUUGGUGAACCAUCUCUUAUGGGUGGAGAGUUUGGAGAAGAGGAUGAACGACUGAUAACUAGGCUAGAAAAUGCACAAUAUGAUGCAUCAAACAGUUUGGAUCCUCAUGGACAUGAUACAACAGGAGGACCCCCACCACAUCCACAUCAAUUUCACUCAGAACCAACACCUGGUAAUUCUUGGCCUCCUGAUCGUGGUCCAGGACCCCCACCGGGUGGUCCUGGUAGUCAAGGUGUCCAAGGUAAUCAAGGUGGUGCAGGUGGAGGUGUUCAAAAUACACAGGACACAAAUCAACAACAGCAAGACAAAAAAAGCCCCGCGGUGAGCCAGUGAGGCCAGGAGUCCCCGCGCCCCCCAACAAGGGGGCGGCGG